UAUCUCUACCCGUCUCCGAUAGAACAACAAAAUCUAACCUCUGCUCUAAAGCUGCCUCAGCUAAGAAUCUUCUUUUAGCCAAGUCCUUCAGACAUGGUGAACAUAUACGCAACCUGUUGACCAUGAAGGUUGCCUAUAUGCUCACCCGGAGGCCAGCCAGCGUCGUUCCAUAGUUUUUAUAUAGCAGAAGGCAUACAGUGGCAACCUUUGACAUUUCAUCUCAGAACAUAGAAGCUACACUUGCCCUUUCAUCUCUGAACAUAGAAGCUUCACCUGGACUCCCAUCCCACGGCACUACGCAGCUGUCUCCCCGAAGUUAGGGAUGGAGGGGCAUCACCUAUUCCGCGAGACCGCGACCAGGCACCGGGGGAGGCCGCCCCUACUCGCCCCUCCGCCUCGCAGGCGAUGGGGGAGGAGGCCGCUGCUAAAGUUGGUGAGCCGCCGCAGCCCUGUUUGUUUCUAUAUCUCUCUCGAUCCAGGAUUCCUGGUUGGUGAGCUGCACCCCUGUUCGUUUUUCUCUUUCUAUUCCUGCUUACGAAUUUGUGUUUCUCUGUUGCCACCCCCGACGUCUGCUUCUGAGUUUGAGGCCACUAAUUACUCUGCAGUCCUGCAAAAACAAGUGACUGGUUGGGAGGUGAAAAAUGAGGGUGACAUUCUGAAGUUGCACAGGGCAUGGAAGGUCACCACCCAGAUCUUCACCUUGUUGGUUGGAAUAAUGUGAAAAUUGAUGCGUGGACUCACUGAGUCAGUAAGCUUAAGUGUUCCACUGUUCCAUAUGGUUAUUUUGACUUAAGAUUUCACUCUAGGAUGAUUUCAAGUGUUACCUCUGUUAAUUUCCGAGAAAAAUGGAGCAGCAUUAAUAUAGUAUAUUAUUAAAUCCCUUGGGACCUGGAAAACGAAAUUUUGUAUUGUGUUCUAUUCCGAACGGUAGUGGUUCACUAGUUAUUCAUUUGCUGUUUAGGAACCCUGACGGGCUGACAAUGAUAUGAUGUAGACUAAUUAGAAGUCGUUCGAUCGAGCAAAAUUGGCAGGUACUUGGGUGCUUGAUGCCUACUGGUAGUUGGCCAUUGUCGUGAUUGAAACUUAUUUUUCGUAUAGAGGAAUCCAAUCAACUUAAAUGAAGAGGAAAACGAGCGGCCAUACAAAACUGAGUGAAAAUACCAAUUAUAACAGUUCAUUCAUCGUCAACUGGUGCUUCAAACAUAGGUAAAAUAGAGGACUGAUCGGCACGUUUG